CCCAGCCCCCACGGGCAGCGCCCAGGGUACGGCGCCCCCAGACGCGCCUCACGGGGACGCGGGCUGAGUCGUGGCUGGCCGGGCGUGGGGCGUUGCGGCCCGCUGUAGAGGCGCAGGGGUGAACGGCCUGGGUGCCCUGUCCAGCCGCGGUGGCCCUUUCCUCACAGCUUUCCGCAGCGGUUCGGGUUUAAUUCAUUGCUGGAAGCUUCCGAGCCAGCAGAGCCGAGUUAACUCAUUUCCCCGGGACCGGAUUGGGGGACUCCCCGCAAGCAAUGCCAAGUGACUAUCACUAUGUGAAACUGAAAAGCGAUUGCUCAAGACCCUCCCUGCAAUGGUACACCCGAGCUCAAAACAAGAUGAGAAGACCCAGCUUGUUGUUAAAAGACAUCUUCAAGUGUAUACUGCUUGUGUUUGGAGUAUGGAUCCUUUAUAUCCUCAAGUUAAAUUAUACUACUGAAGAAUGUGAUAUGAAAAAAGUGCAUUACGUGGAUCCUGACCGCGUAAAGAGAGCUCAGAAAUAUGCUCAGCAAGUUUUGCAAAAGGAAUGCCAACCCAAGUUCGCCAAGAAGUCAAUGGCACGCUUGUUUGAGCACAGGUAUGACAUGGACUUACUGCCUUUCGUGAAGAAGGCCCCCAGAGUGAAUGAGGCCGAGUACAAGUACGAUCCUCCUUUUGGGUUCCGGAAGUUCUCCAGUAAAGUCCAGACUCUCUUGAAAGUAUUGCCUGAGCAUGACUUUCCCGAACACUUGAAAACAAAGAGCUGUAGGCGUUGUGUGGUUAUCGGAAGCGGCGGAAUACUCCAUGGACUAGGACUGGGCCAUGCCCUGAACCAGUUCGAUAUUGUGAUAAGGUUAAACAAUGCACCAGUUGAGGGGUAUUCAGAGCAUGUUGGAAAUAAAACUACUAUAAGGAUGACUUAUCCAGAGGGUGCCCCACUGUCUGAUCUCGAAUAUUAUUCCAAUGACUUGUUUGUUGCUGUUUUAUUUAAGAGGGUUGAUUUCGACUGGCUUCAAGCAGUGGUAAAAAAUGAAACGCUGCCAUUUUGGAUACGACUCUUCUUUUGGAAGCAGGUGGCUGAAAAAAUCCCAUUACAGCCGAAACAUUUCAGGAUUUUGAAUCCAGUUAUUAUCAAAGAGACCGCCUUCGACAUCCUUCACUAUUCAGAGCCUCAGUCAAGGUUCUGGGGCCAAGAUAAGAACAUCCCCACAAUUGGUGUCAUUGCCGUUGUCUUAGCCACACACCUGUGUGAUGAAGUCAGUUUGGCAGGCUUUGGAUAUGACCUCAAUCAGCCUAAAACGCCUUUGCAUUACUUUGACAAUCUCUGCAUGGCUGCCAUGAAGUUACAGACCAUGCAUAAUGUGACAACGGAGACCAGGUUGCUCCUGAAGCUGGUCAAAGAGGGCGUGGUAAAGGACCUCAGCGGAGGCAUCCACUGUGAGUUUUGAACACAGAAGACCUCACUUGAAAAUGCAACUCUGACUCUGAAGGCUGUUUUUCAUGGCCUUCUUGUUACAUUUUAUCUUGCAACUACUUGGAAGUGCAGCUGGUGUUUUUAACUUUUAAUUUAAAAACAAAACAAAACAAAAAACCAGUUCGCUUUUUCCACUCUUCCCCCCCCCCCUAUUUAUUUGACAUUUGUGUUUUUGCACAAAAUUUUGUAAAUUAAUUGGAAAGACUUUUCAAGGCGAAUUGUAUGUAACGAUGUUUCAUUGUAUUUUAAGAAAGUUAAUUUGUAAAAACUCUGCCCAUGUCUCAGGCACAUAGACUACCAGGUGAUUAAGUGAAAGGAGAAGGGAGGUCAGCCUUUGAAGAGAUCACUGAAUGCCUGAUUCUGGUUGCUUCUCUGGUUCUCUCUGUGCUGGGACGGAUGUUUGAGGCACUUCCAGGAGGACGUGCUCAGCAGUUGAACCGCUGGGCUGGUUUGGCUGUGCCGCAGCAUGAGGCCUGGGCUGGUUGGGGAGUUCAAGUCCCUCUCCGUUGGUCUGCCUCCUGCCACGAGAUGUGCAGGAAUCAACCAGAGGAACUGUCCUGGAGGUCCCCCGUCCACGAGAGAUGCAGAAGACAUUUCCUAUGUUCUCUCAGCACUGCAAAUCUGCCCUGGGCUGCAGAAGCCGCUGUCUCCCCUGUGAUUACGACAACUCUUGAAUUUCUUGGGAGUUUUGUACUGCCCUUCCAAAGCACUUAAAUGUUAAUCUAAGGCAUUCCACUGUCUGUCUGAAAUGGCUUAUAAAAAUUAAGAUGGAACCUCUUAUUAUGUGGAAUGGUGGAAGAAUAAAUCCUUUCCAAGAAUAACCACAUUUUCUGAAACACUGAAAUGAAAUCCUUCCAGUGUUAUAAAUUACCUAUUUAAAAAAAAUUUUUUUUGGAUGCCUACCAGACUGUGUACCAGGCAGUGUGCUGGUCGGAAAAAUAAAUUUAAAAAAAUAAAAAUUUUUGAGGAGCUCUCACAGUAUAGUUAACUUGAGUGCCUUUUUUAAAAAAAGAAUAUAAGUCUAUCUGAAAUGUCCUUCUUGGAGGCUGCUAGAUGGAGCCCUCACUGUGGAUGCCGGCAGCGAGGGACAGAGCGUGAAGGCUGCCUUAUCUUGCAAGGGGCCUCAUCCCAGAUGGCUGUGAACUCUUUUGGAGAGAUGUUGGGUGUUGGUGGUUUCCUCCCAGAGAACAGCUUGUUCUAGCUUUUGUCACUUCAUUGCCCUCGGCUCUGCUGGCUCUGCUGUCAGAGAUCCGCGUCCCUGCUCUGUGUCCCCUGCUGCUCCCGCUCAAUUCUAGUUUCUUUUAACUGCAGCCCCAGGGCAGCUCUGACUCGCCACACCUGCUGCCUCCUCAGCCUAAGCAAGCAGGUCAGGAGCCAGGUGAUAGCAUUCAGCAGAGUCCCUUGGAUCCCCAGAUCUCUGGAUCAGCUCAGAGCAGUCUGCAUAGCAAAAUAUUUCUCUGGUUUUGUGUCUUAAAAUUUACCAUAGGUUUUGCUUUCUACUUUAUAAGAUACUAUUUAAAAGAAAAUGCUUUAAAAUUCUCCCCAGUUAAAUGACUCAGUUUUAAAGAUCGAGGCCUGGGAAGAUGGUCCACAGCCAUCCUGUGACUCAGGUAGGGUCAGGGCUCCACCACACAUCUCCAGCCCCUCAUCCUUCAGGGGCUACUGAAAGCCUGAUUUCUUUUUUCAAGCCAGGGUUUGUAACUUCCUGAAACAACUUUCCCCACUGUUGUGAGCGCCUCCUCGUGGCUUCCUGUGGAUUCAUGUCCUUGCAAGAUUGCUGAGACAUGCGCAACUCGGUGCCCAGCACUUAGUCAACUUGCAGCAAAUGUCAGGCCUGGUCCAUCCUCACCCCUCCUCAUCUCUGUCCUUUUCUGCAUCCUUAUAUCGCUUUACCCACAACUCUUAAUGUUUAAUUACUAGCAGGCAAUAAGUGCCCUAAAUGAAUCAAAAGGUAUAUUUUUUUCAAAGGCCUUUUCUGGAGUCACUCCCUCAGCCAAUCGGCGUUGAUCAGAGGCCACCUUCAGGAACCUUGCACUUGGGCAGUGAUUUGUUGGAAGCUGCUGCUUUGCUUCAGAGUUGCUCCUUCCUCACCCCACCCCACCCGCUGUCGCUUUUCUGGAAACAGACCUCUAGGUGCUUCAGGAUGUCACAAGGUUGAUCUCCAGUGACUGAGGUUUCAACUUUCUAUAGCUUUGCAGGCACCCAUGCACAUGGUUAUAAUCAUUGGUUUUGAGGCAACUUAGGACAACUUAUACAUGUUAUGUAUUUUAACAUAACUUCUUACUGGAACUUUGAGCCACAGAAAAUAAUCAGUAAACUUUAGGGGUUUAGUUUUUGUUUUUUUUUUCUCCUACAGAGAGCAUAUUCUCUCCAGAAACCUAGGCUGGCCUUAGAAAAACUGCUUUGGAACUGGGAUGGGUACCUCCUCAUGACAUCUCAUGUUUUUAGGCAAAGCUAAAUUGGGAUCUAGACAAGGUGUUACCUUGCCUGCUUUAUCGCUCCUUUUGUGUCCCUUCCCCCCCCCCCAUUCCCAAGAGUGUUUUAAUAAGGCACUGACCAUGUCUAUUUCCACAGAUUUGUUGGGUGGGGCUGGGGUAGUCUCAUCAUUUGUUGGACCCAUCAGUUAAAAUAAGUUGUCAAACCAACUCUUUUGCUUAUGUUGAACCUCUGGACCAUCAGCAGUUCGUCCGGUUUGUGCUGCUGGGGCUUAGUUGUAAAAGUAAAAGCAAAAGCUGUGGUCACACCCUAGUCUCCCCAGGUUAUUAAAGAUUUCUAAAACCAAAGACCACUUUGUUUUAGCUACAUUCUAACCCCAGCGGUUGGGACUUGAUAUCAAAGGGAUUGUUGAAUUUGCCUUAUUACUGUCUCAAGAGAAACUUUCAGCCCAGUAUCGUAGGAAGAUUAAGAAAUGCUGACUGAGUCUCCUCCUUGGCAGGUUUACAGCAUCCAUCUGUGUGGGUUAUUUUUUCAUCUGUUCUUUGAGACACUUCAGUUAAGUUUAUUGAAAAAGAAGAAAAGGAACAAUGCUUGUGAUUUAGCAGAAUUCCCCUUA